AUGACUCUUGACUAUUCUAGGUGUGUUCGUUGUCUUAAAUGUGGUUCAACAAAUCCAGGUCCGGCUGGUUCAUGUUGUUUAUGGGAAAAUAAUUAUACAGAAUGUGCACCAUGUCAUUCACUUGUUAUUUGUCCUGUUUGUACGAAAUCUUAUCGAACUGAUGAACUUAUUGUUCAAUGUACAUUAUGUGAUCGUUGGUUACAUGGUUCAUGUGAACAUAUUCUAUCAGAAGAUUCAACAUUAUCAACAACAGGUGAUUUUAUUUGUUCAUUAUGUCGACCAACAGCAAUAUUAACAUCAACAAAUGAAAUACUUCCAUCAUCAUCAUCAUCAUUAUCACCAAAAUCUUCAUCACCAUCAGAUCAAGCACCAUUAUUAGUUGUUACAACAAAUUCAACAACAACAACAACAACAACACCAACAACAGCAACAACAAUACCAUUACAACCACAAUUACCAACACCAAAAGCAACUAAAUUAGAUGAAGGAGUUUAUUUAACUGAUACUGGUUUAGCACAAUUAAAAUCAAUACGUGUUAAACCAUUACCAAAAAAAGCAGCAACAGCAGCUGGAACAUCAUUAACAACAAAUACAAAAUCUAAACGUGGUGGUUUAGCAAAUUAUAUUAUGGGUGGUGUUAAACGAAAUAAUUCAAAUUCAAUACAAGAUGAUGAUAUAAUAGGUAAUAGUACAACCAGUGGUGGUGGUGGUGGUGGUGGUGGAAGUGGCACAAGUGAUGAUGAAGGAACAAAAAAAACAACUGCUACAGUACCAAUUGCAAGAGCAGCUAAAGGUUAUACUGGUAUUGGUGGUUUUCAUGUUAAAGUUCGUGGACAACGUCGUCGACAAGAUCCUACAGAUCUUAUUCAAGAUGAUAAUAUUCAUGAUGAAACAUUAUCAACAAAUAAACGUAAACGUGAUCGUCGACCAUUAAAAAAGAAAAGUGUUCUUGAAGAAUAUAUGCCACCGGAAAUGCAAGAAGCUUUUUUUGGUAGUGAUCUUGCAGAAAAAAGUCGUCUUAUGGCACAAAAUCAUAUACCUAUUAUACCAUUACAAUUAAAUGAACAAACAACAAUAAAUAAUAAUAAUAAUGAAUAUACAAUUAAAUUAGAUCAUGAUACAGUUAAUAGAUUUUUAAUAAAGAAAGCAACAAAAUUAGCUUUAGCUGUUAAAGAAGAACAACGACAACAACCACCACCAAUUGUACCUGUACCAACUCCAUCAAGUUCUCUUCAAUUACCAACUAUAACAGGAACUGAUGAGGAAAAUGAUAUGCAAGCUAUUUUAGAUAAUGAAGAAUUUUGUAAUUUUGUUGAAUAUAUGAUGAAUAGUUCAAAAACAACACAAGAUCCAAUGUUACCAAUUUGUGGUCCAACUGAUAUUGAAGAUUUUCUUGAAUUUAUUGAACAUCCUGAAACACAUAAUGAUUUACAAGCUGUCGAUCUUCUUAAUAAUUCAAAUCCAACGAAUCAAAAUUCUUCUAUAACAAAUCCAAAUAAUUCUAUUCAAGUUAUACAAUCUCAUCAAACAACAUUGAUAACAUCAACAUCAACAUCAACAUUAACAUCAUCAUCUCAUCAUCCAAUAAAUUCUCAAGUACCAUUAGCAACACCUACAUCAAAUCUUGUUGUUAUGGCAACUAAUGUUAAUGAUAAUUCAAAACAAAUUAUUAAUAAUUUAGCAAGAGAAAUGAUGGAAUCAACUGGUUUACAUACAACAACAACACCUUCAAUUUUAACACAAACAAAUAUUCAAAAUACGGGUCUUAUUGUUAAACAAGAAUAUCAUGAUCAUACACAUCAACAAAGUCCAUUAAUGAUUUCUCAACAACAACAAAAUUGGUCUCAACAACAAACAAUGUUACGUAUGCCAUUAAUACCAACAAAUUCAACAACAACAACACCAGCUAGUACAACACCAACACAAGAUCGUUCAGGAUCAAUAACUGGUGAACAUACUAGUUUAAUGGAACGAACACGUGAAGAUGAAUUAUUAGGAACAAAUGCAACAAUGUCAAAUGUUCUUUAUUGUAAUGUUAAUCAUCCAGAAUUAAAACAACAAUUUCCUGAUUUCAAUGAACGAUUUAAACAAAUGAAAAAAAUUUGGCGUAAAGUUCCAACAGAUGCUAAACAAAAUUAUACACAACAAGCACGUCUUAAUCGAACAAAACGACGUGCAUUAAAAAGUACAAUAAGUCAAACAUCAACAAUAUCAAAAAAUACAAAAAGAAAAAAUUCAUUAAAACAACAAUCAAGUGAACCUGAAGAUAAUAAUAAUAAUGAUAUUGGAGCUGGUAGUGAAAGUCGUUCAUCAACACCAUCAUCAUCAACAACAACAACAAAUGAACCACCACCACCACCACCACCACCGCUACCACCACCAACAACAACAACAACUGUUGUUGUUCAUCCAAAUGAACAUCAAGAACAUCAUAUUUAUCAACAAUCAAGACAAAUGUAUUCACCUGGAAGUAGUAAUUUAAUGGUUUCAACACCUAAUAAUCCUACUAAUUUUCAUCAUCAACCUUAUGUUACACAGCAACAACAAAUGCAAAGACCACAACAACAACAACAACAACAAGGAUAUAAUACACCAGUUUCUACAUCAACUAGUUAUCCACCACCACAACGAUUUAAUUUUCCACCUCAACAACAACAACAAUCUCAAAAUUCACCUUAUUUUGAAUAUACACCAUCAACACCACGUCCUAUAUUAACACAUCAAACAUCAACAUCAUCAACAGAAUCAACACCUAUUCUUCAUUCUAAUACAACAACAAAUACAAAUCCAAUACGUAAAUCAACUUCAUCAUCUGAUGGUACAACAUCAUAUCAUCAUGUUUCACCUAUGGAUGAAACAUCUCCAUAUCAUCAACAACAAUCACCAUAUACAACUAAUCAAAAUCAAAUUAAACAACAAUUAUUACCACGUGGUAUACCACCACCAAGACCACAACAAAUUAUGCCAAGAUUUUCUCAACAAGAUACAACAAAUUUUGUUCGUACACCAUCAUCAUCGACAACUGGAACACCUGGUGGUCAACCAACAAGAUUUAUAUUUGCAUCACCACCUAAUCAACAAACACAACAACAACAACAACAAACAACACAUUAUGUGCAAUAUACACAGCAAGGACAAGGAGGACAACAUACAGUUGUUGUACAACAAGGAACAAAUGAAACAUUUCAAAGAAUGCCUGAAAGUCCAGCUCAUCAACAUAUGCAACAACAUCAAUUAUCACCUCAAUUUAGUCCUCAUCAUCAUCCAAUGACACCAAAUCCUCAACAACAUUCAAUAACUAUGCAACAACAACAACAACAACAACAACAACAUCAUAUGUCACCUUAUUCAACUCAACAACAAUCAAUACAUCAUCAACAUUCACCAACAAUUGUUGGUCAACCUCCAUCACAAUUUUCUCCAUCAUCAGUUCAUCAUCAUCAAUUAACAUUAGCAACAAGUAGUGGUGGUCAUCAAUCACCACCAACUGAUCCUAAUAAACGACAAAUACAAAUGCAAAAACCACCACCACCACCACUACCACCACAACAACAACAACAGCAAUUACUUGUUAAACAUGAACCAAUGUCAUUUGAUGAACAACAAAUUAAAACUGAAGCACAUGAUGAUUCAUUAAAUGAAUCAAUUAAUACAAUUAAAACUCGUUCUGAUCCAUAUCAAUCUGUACCACCUCAUGUUCUCGAACAAAUCGAUGAAGUCAUAAACGAUGUUAUUUCCGGUGCCGGUAUGAUUCCUCAAGAAGUAGCUUCUAACACUCAUCCUUCAUCAACACCUAUUCAGAUAGUUCCAUUAACUCAACCUAAAAUUCAACCCCAACAUAUGAUUACAACUCAUCAUCCAUAUAUUCAACAACAACAACAACAACAACAAAUACAUGAAUGGUCGAAUUAUCAACAACAACCAACAUUAAAUAUAGCUGCUAUGCGUGGUCCACCAUCAUAUACACAUUAUCAUUCUCAACAACAACAACAUCAUCAUGAUCUUUUACCAGCAACAACGAAUGUUAUUAAUACAGCUGGUGUACAACAUCCUGAACAACAACAAAUAGUUGCUGAACGUAUAUCAUCUAUUUUAGCAUCAUCACCACAUGAACAACAACAAACAACAAUAUCACAAACACCUAUACAAAUAAAACGUGCCUGGCCAAUGAAUCAACAUCAACAAAGUGGUGAUAAUCAUUUUCUUGAUCUAUUUUCACAUUCAACAAUAAUGACAAUCGCCGUAAAUGGCGAUGCUGUAUCAACCACAGAUCCAUCAAUUUCCCUUGAAGAUUUACUCGAACGUGAUUUCAAAGAUAAACAACAACAACAACAGCAACAACAGCAAUCAUCAUCAACAACAAAUGAAUGGACAAUUGAACGUAAUACAAAAUCUUCAACAAAUUCUGCAGCACAACAAACACCAUUAACACUUGCACAUGCUGUUCAUCUUCUUCAACAAGCUAUAACACAUCCAUUAUAUCAACAAUCUCCACCACCAGAAUUGAGUGGUCUUGUUAGUGUUGGACGUGAUAAUGAUUUAACUAAAAUUGAUGCUAAUAUAAAUGAAGAACAAUUUGAACGUUAUGCACGUUGGUUAAAACAACGACGAGAAAUUAAUAGUUUAAGAAUAAAAGCUGAUGAAACAAAUUUAGCUGAUAUAAAAAAAAAGAGAAAUAUUUUACUUAAAAAACAAAAACAAUCUUUAUGUACACCUGAAGAAGAACAAGAAAUGCCACGUUUAAGUCAACAACAAACAGAAUAUUCACGUACAUUAACAGCUAUGCGUAAAGAACGAAAACAAUUUGAUGAAUUAGAACAAGCUUUUCUUGUUUAUAAACAAAGUCGAUUAAGUGUUUUAUAUCCACCUAAAUUAUCACCUGUAUCAACUGAACAACAUCCAGAAACGAUUGUUCGUAUGAUGUCAAUGACGAAUACUCCUCAAACAUCUAUUCAACCAAUACAACGAUUUCUUUCUGAACAUCCUGCAGCAACAAUGACAUUUACAUCAACAUCAAAUACGGAUGAACAAGAUGAUUUUACUGCUGAUGAUCAAACAUCAUUAUCACCAUCAAUUUCAACUGAUCUACAACAAAAACAAACAACAUUUAUACAACAAGAAAAUCAAUCAAUUAAUUCAACAUUAACAUCAUUACAUAGUCCAUCAUCUUCAUUUUUAAUACCAAUGCAACCAUUAAUAUCAUUAAAUAAUGAUCCAUCAAUUGAACAUCAUCAAAUGAUAAAUAGUCCAUCAAAUCAUGGAAAUGAAACAAUAAUAUCAUGUCGAACAUCACCAAAUAUUUCAAAUGAUGAUGAAUCUGUAGUUGGAACAUCAAUUAAAUUAAACAAUAUUGUUGAUGAGCUUGAGCAAUGA